AUGAACUUGAAACCCGUGCUCAUCCUCCUUGGUCUGGCCUUAGCCACGAUCUUCGCUUUGGUCUGCGUGCUGCUGACCAGGGAAAGGAGCCCCAGAACCUGCCAGCACCUGCCCCCGGAGCAGGAGGACACAGAGGAUGGCCAGAGCCUGGUGUUUGCUGACCUGAGCGCUGAGGAGAUGUCCCAGGUGGUGCGGUACCUGCAGGGCCACCUCGGGGUGCCGCUGGUGGAGGCGUCGCGGGCCAAGCCCUCGGAGAACUGCAUCGCCUGGCUGGACGUGCAGGUGCCCGCCAAGGCAGAGGUGCUGCGGUUCCUGGACGCAGGGGGGGCUCGUCCCCCCCGGGAGGCUCUGGCUGUGCUGUACUUUGGGAAGCAGCCAGAGCCCAACAUCACUGAGCUGGUGGUGGGGCCGCUGCCGAGGCCGGCGUACCACCGGGACGUGACGGUGCACAAGUACGGGGGGAAGGUGCCCUACCACCGCAGGCCCACGCUGGCUGUUGAGUACAAGCAGAUUGGGGGGUUCCUGAAGAGCCAAGUGUUCCCCUCAGCUCCAGCUUUCAUGCAGCAAGUCAUGGAAUAUGAUGGAGCCAACCUGGCCACCGUGACAGCUGCUCCCCGUGGGUUCCAGUCUGGGGACAGGGUCACCUGGUUUGUCCUGUUCCAGAAUGUGAGUGGGUUCUUUCUGCACCCCGUGGGGCUGGAGGUGCUGGUGGACCACAGCAGCCUGGACAUCUCAGAGUGGGCAGUGAGCAGAGUGUUCUACAAUGGGCAGUACUACAGGGACAUGGUGCAGCUGGAGAGUGCCUACAUGCAGGGUCGGAUCAGCGUGGAGAAGGUGAGGAAGGCGCCACGGGACGGGGAUUUCUCCUCCAUGAAGCCUCGAGCGCCCGCGGCCGCGCCGUUCCCGCUGCAGUUCGAGCCGCAGGGUCCCCGCUACAGAGUCAGGAACAACCAGGUGCUCUUCCAGGGCUGGAGCUUUGCCUUUGGCAUGAGCGUGAGCAGGGGCCUGCGGCUGUUUGACAUCCGACACAAGGGGGAGAGGGUUGCCUACGAGAUCAGCGUGCAGGAGGCGCUGUCCGUGUACGGCUCCAACUGCCCGGCAGGGAUGUCCACGCGCUACAUGGACGGCAGCUUUGGCCUGGGGCGCUACACCUCGCCCCUGGUGCCAGGGGUGGACUGCCCCUACCUGGCCACCUUUGUGGACACACUGUCUCUGUCUGACAGCCUGAGGCCCAAGAAGAGGAAGGCUUCGCUCUGCAUCUUUGAGCAGAACCUGGGCUCCCCUCUGAGGCGCCACUACUCCAACUUGCAGUCUCUCUACUACGGGGGGCUGGUGAACUCUGCUCUGGUGCUUCGCUCCAUCGCCACCGUGGGCAACUACGACUACGUGUGGGACUUCAUCUUCUACCAGAACGGGGCCCUGGAGGGCAAGGUGCAGGCCACGGGGUACCCAAGCUCCUCCUUUCUCCAUGGGGAUGGCCUGAGAUAUGGCAAUAGGCUUUGGGAGCACACCCUGGGUACAAUACACACUCAUUUUGUCAACUACAAGGUGGACUUGGAUGUGGCAGGGGUGAAAAACUCCCUCAUGGCCCACGACAUGGUGUUUGAGAUGACACAGGCUCCCUGGAGCCCAGAGCAGCAGAUAGAGAGGCCACGACUCACCAAGAGAGUCCUGGACACAGAAGACCAGGCUGCCUUCCUGCUCCACUCCAAGAUGCCCAGAUACAUCUACUUUGCUGCCAACAGCAAAAACAAGUGGGGCCACCAGCGUGGCUACAGGAUCCAGAUCACCAGUUCUGCAGGGGACCACAUCCCUGAGGCCAGCUCCAUGGAGAGGGCCAUCAGCUGGGCAAGGUACCAGCUGGCUGUCACCAGGAGGAAGGAGGAGGAGCCCACCAGCACCAGCAUCUACAACCAGAACGACCCCUGGACACCCACUGUGGCCUUUGCUGAUUUCAUCAACAACGAGACCAUCACCAACGAGGACCUGGUUGCCUGGAUAACUGCUGGCUUCCUUCACAUUCCACACUCUGAGGAUAUUCCCAACACUGUGACCGUGGGAAACUCCGUUGGUUUUCUCCUGAGGCCCUACAACUACUAUGACCUGGACCCCUCUAUAUACUCCCAGGAUGGUGUGUUUUUCACCAGUGAGCAGGACUUUACAACGUGUGAAAUCAACCCUCUUGCCUGCUUGCCCAAAACUGCCUCUUGUUUGCCAAACUUCCCCCCAUUCACCUUUGAUGGUUUUCGAAAUAUGAGCAGGCUUUAA